GAAAGGAAUCAGGAAGAGCUUCUGUAUCAAUGGGUAUAUGCUUAUCAAAAAAAAAAUUUGUGAGGAUAGUUCACGCAGGUGGACAAAAGGAGCUCUAUCGGUCUGCAGUUCCUGCAUCUAUGCUGAUGGAAAAAUAUCCAGGGAUGUGUAUUGCUCGUCCAGAAGUCUUUAAAAGUCCUCACAAGUCCCUUCUUGGGCCAGAAGAGACUCUUCUGCCUGGGCACAAGUACUAUGUAAUACCAUCAAAUACUGCUCAGAAACUGAAACGUAAACACUCGAAAAACAAUGAAGUGAAAUCUCCUACAGAAGACAAAGAAAAUAUAUCAGAUGCGCUAAUAAGUUUGGACACUGGCAGGGGUCACUCAGAGGAUUUUAUAUUGUAUGCUAAAGAGUUCUAUACCUCCAGAGAGAGGUGGUUAAAUGGUUUAAGGAGAAGGAAUGGGAGAGAAAAGAAGCCUUUUGUACCUCCACUUCCAAGGGCAAGGAUGCCUAAAGAGUUGGGGUGGAUGCCCAGGCUUAGUUCUGUGCAAGAAGUCUCUCCAUGAGAGUUUCAUCCCAUGGUGGACCAUUAUGUAAUAUGGUAUGUUAGCUUUCUAAAAAUAGUACUUGUUUUUCUUCAUUUCCCAAGUGUUUUCUUUCCAUUACUUAUGUUAGAUAUUUUUUUUGAAAUGAGAAAUCUUCUGGAUGACUAUCCUCACUGCAAUAA